CGUUUUUCUGUAUCCAUUAAGAAAAUUUUUUUCUAUUGAUUAGACGUGUGAUUUUGUAGAUUGGAUUAGUCCCGGAAGAAUUUUUAAAAUUUCUUUCUGGGAAAGUUAUUAAAGUAUUAUUUAAUUCCCCUCCAUUAAAAAAAGAGUUCUUGAAGAAACAAAAGUCGUCGUAAAACUCUGUAAACGGAUAAACGUUGUCUCGCCGAGUCCGGUUUUUUGCGGUAUAUAUCAACGCGACGCCUCCGCCGCCGUCAUCGUUCUUGGCAUACACACACACACACACACGCUAACGUCUGGUGUGCGUUGUCUCCCCUCACAGAUUCAAUUGUAGACGUUUUUUGCUCGCAACACGUUUUUCGUCGUUACUUCGCUGCUAGCUGAUCGUUGUCGCCGCUGUUGUCAACAUGCCUGGAGCCGGAACUUUCAAAUUGUUCAUUGGCAAUUUAGAUGAAAAAACUCAGGCAACCGAGUUGAAGCCAUUGUUUGAGAAAUACGGUACCGUUGUGGAAUGCGAUGUCGUCAAGAACUAUGGUUUCGUCCACAUGGAAACGGAGGAACAGGGCCGCAAGGCUAUUGAGAAUCUAAACGGUUACAUGUUAAAUGGCAACGGUAUUAAGGUAGAGGCCGCCAAGAGUCGUCGUGCACCCAAUACACCCACAACGAAAAUCUUUGUCGGCAAUCUAACCGAUAAGACACGGGCACCCGAAGUACGUGAACUAUUUAAGAAAUACGGUACCGUUGUUGAGUGCGAUAUCGUUCGUAAUUAUGGUUUUGUCCAUUUGGAUUGCAUCGGUGAUGUGCAUGACUGCAUAAAGGAUUUGAAUGGUCGUGUCGUCGAUGGCCAACCGUUGAAAGUGCAAGUCUCGACGAGUCGUGUCCGGCCAAAACCCGGCAUGGGAGAUCCAGAACAGUGUUAUCGUUGCGGCCGUCCGGGUCAUUGGUCCAAAGAAUGUCCGCGUUUGUACGGAGGCAAUGGUGGCCGUGACUUGGGUCCGGGCGGCUAUAGAGAUCGUAUGUACGGACGUGAUCCCUAUCCACCACCGCCACCACCACCACCAUUCUUGCGUGAUCGUAUUAUGGAUGGCUUUAGGGACUACGAUUACUAUGAUCGUCGUUUCGAUGAUACCCGCGAUUUGUUCGAACGCCGCUAUCAGGGAUCACGCAUGCGUGAUUUCCCACCACCACCGCUGUCGCGACGUGAUCCCAUGCCGUUGCCACCCACGUUGAAUGGCAGCCUGAGAGGCAGUAGCCUAUCCCGUGGCUAUGACAGCAUGUUCAGUCGUCGAUCACCGCCACCAUCGCGCAGCAGCAAUGGCAUGGGCCGUUAUGGUGGUUAUGAAGAUUUUAGUCGUGAUUCGUUUGAUGAUCGUAUGAUAUCACGUGGUAUGCGCAAUCCCUCACCACCCGGUCGCCGUUAUGCACCGUACUGAGAUGAACUGUAUUAUAGUAAUAGUUCGAAGACCUCUAGAAGAUAUGAUGAUGGUGGUGCAAAAGAGGAAAAGAUAUAUCACAAUAGAUUUUUUGUUAUCAACUUUUGAGGAGGCAUAACUAUUAUUAUGUUUUUUGUUUAAUAUUUUGAUUUUUUUUUUUUGAACAGAAAUUAUAUAUUACAUAUAUAAUGGCACAUAAUGAUGACUACAAGCAUAGGUCCCAACCCUCCCCCAUACAUUUUUUUAUGUGACAACAAGAAAAAAUCAAAUUCCUCUAAUUUUUGCCAUUUCUUUUUUAACACUAAAUUAUAUUAAUUGUCUUUCUUAUUUAAAGAAAGUUGUGUCUUUCAUCUGUGUGUUCCCCCCUUGCUUUCCCUCCCCCCUCAUCCAGAAAAUAAUUGUAAUUUUAAUUGUUUUCAAGACCAUUGAAAUUAAGAAAAUGUAAAACAGCAGAUUUUAUAUUUCUGCUGCUUUCCUCCCCCUCUCCUAUCCACAACAUUCGCUUUUGUGAUGUGAAAAUCAUAACCCUCCCCCAAGAGAAAUAGAAUAUUUUGUAUUGAAGUAAAAAGUAAAACGUAUAAUUUUUAAGACAUAUUAUUUAGUUGAAACAUAUUUUAAGAUUUCUUUUUGUCAUUCUCUAAUUUUUCCAUCUCUCUAUCAUUAAAUUAAAAUGCUUUGAUUUAAAAUAAAAAGCCACCAGUUCUAAGUAGUAGUUAUACCAUACGUACACAUACACUUGAUCUGAACCAUUUUUAAAAAAAGUUUACACUAUGUAUAUACAAACGUAUAACAUUACUUAUAUUUACCUAAACUACCUAUAUAAUAAUAUGAUGGAAAAAUAAAUACACAAUAAAAAGUCUUAAAAAACACAAAAUAUUUUUGUGACAAAAAUGGAAUAA